CGCUGUUCCAGGCCAAUUCAAAAGGACCAAAGCAGCUGACAUCAAGUGGCUGAAGCAAGUGGCUGCAGUGUGGGGGAGUACAAACAAAAUGAUGUUUUCAGACUUGGCCCACUCGAUCAAACUCAAAGACACAUGGCUUUUAUGUCCAUCAUAUAAUACCAGUACAUGUUCAUUGUUAUGUCUAGGAGACAGAUGAACAUGGCUGAUGAUGUUGAAGUCAUGUCUAGUGAGGAAGAGGAAGCUAUGGAAAGCCACAGUGACAUGGAGGUAGUUUCUGCAAGCAGUGCAAUUUCUUCAACAGAUACUGUCAUUGAUGUUGUCUCAACAGGUGACGGGUGUCCAGAUAUAGUGAGUAGUGUGGGUGCAGAGGCGAGAUGCAGUGACAUACAGCUAGAAGUUCAACAAUGUGCAAAUAGCAGUACUAGUCAGGACGUCCAGCAGUGUAAUGACUGUAGCAGUUCUAGUGUACAACAAACACCGCAAAAUCUUUCUGUUGCAAAGUCUGCUUCUUCACAGAACGUCUGUGAUGGAAAUGUUAUAGACGCUUCGUCUUCUGAAAUCAACACCAUUAAUGAGACUAAUGGUGUCUAUCAUUCAGACAACGAAAGUGAAAUUAUUGUUGAUGACAGUCCUUUGCCAGGAGAUAACACUACAGAAAGGGUGGGGUCCUCAAGUCGGAGUUUGAACGAAGAUCAGGAUAAUCAGAUCUGUGACAACGGAGGGGAGAUCAGUGUUCGUUAUUUAGGACGCUCAAGGUCUGUGACUCCCAGUCCUUCUUAUGUAAGACUGGCAACACCUAGCACACCAGGGACUCCGAGACUAAGAUCAGGAUCAGUAAGUGGAACAACUUACGCUCCUUUAUCACCAAAGCCAUCACCAUCCGCAAGAGCGACUCCUGGUGAGCGGCAGAGAGCAGGUAGUAUGGGGGAGAUAGAAAUGAGAGACAAACUGAUAGGUCGUGAGUUCAAGCACGGAAUCAGGAUUAUAGAUAACCUUGAUAUUCUUCAGUUACCUAGACCGCGGAAUCCAGGCGGCAUAUUACCAUUGAAUGGACAUAAUCACUUCAGUGGUUCAAAUGAAGCUUUAAAUUUAACAGUAGAAGAUAGGCAGCAGACUAAACUUAGUGCAGGAAGUUCUCAGUCAGUUUCAAGUACAUUUUCACCAAUCGUGCCAUCAGAUAUCAUUUCAACUUCAGCUUCAAAGCAACCUAACACCAGUUACCUGAUCAGUAACAUCAUUAGAACAACACCAAAUAGAUUGAGGACAUCUAACAAUGCUACAUCAUCAUUUGGAAGUCUUGCUGGUAGAAGUAGGGGUUGUGCCAUCAAUGAGUUGAUCGAAAGACCGCUACCAAGUAGCAUUGUAGACAGUGAGGGGGUUGCUAAGAAGAUAGCCAGGCUUGACAGUGAAGGUUUCAUGUGCUCAAGUACUGGGGAUAGUUUGUGGAGUAAUACAGGUAAUGCAGACUCAGGCAAUGAUCAUUUGAGUAGGGUACGGGUGAUAUCAGACAAGACACCACCGGAGCGGCCUAAACCACCUCGCAGAACAGUUCUCUCCCCUGCUGAUAAUGGCAGUAUAGACAUGACACAUGAUAGAUCAUUUGUCUCGUCAAGUGUUAGAAGAAGACUUAGCCCAGGGCUUUUACAUCCACCCAUUCACAGAAAUAACACACCUCCCAAUGGUCAUGGCAAUGGAAGCAUGUACCCAUCAUCUCCCGACUCCGAGAUCUGUCAGUUACCCCAUCACUACAAGUGUAGAAUGUGUAACUAUUCAUCCAGUAGUUACAAUUUACUUCAGUUACACUCAACAAAGCAUGGAGGGAAUGGUAAAACAUUUCGUUGCUCAUUAUGUGACUACACUACCCAUGAAAAAUCCAACUUUAGACGACAUCGGAGACUUCAUCAUAAAACAUCCCCUGUGAAUGUACUGAAAUGUGUAAAAUGUGCAUAUGUAACAUCACUUUCUCGUAAAUUAAGAGAUCAUUACCAGCAGGCACACCCAGAUAUGCCAGAUCUAGCACAGUCAGCUGUUAUACCGGGAUUGUCCAGAAAUGUUGUGUCACCACAGAGGUACAUCGGAACUAAUGGAUUUCAACCGGAAAACACAAGUAGCUAUACCGGACAUAUUUAUGACAAUCCACUGAUGGUGAACAGAAGUAACAGACUCGGUUUUCCGUAUUCUGUGACUGGAAGACAACCACCAAUAAAUUUCCCUCUAAACCAGUAUGGUGUGCCAUAUGGAAAUUACAGAGAUCGUCACGGCGAAAAUCUUGCAUCAAAUUAUUUACGUUCAAUUGUUUCAUCUAUAAUGAAUUCUGAAUCAUCAAGACAGGCAGCAACGAGUACUGUUACAUCAUCAAAUUAUUACAUGCAGCCAGGUUUAGACAAUAGUCACCCGAUACAAAAUGUUCAUACGUGUAACAACCAUGGUUCAUGUCCGCAUGCUAAUUGUAAUGGUUUGCAUCAUGAAGUUAAAAUCAAAGUAGAGGCGGACGUUGACAAUGGUUGCGACAUCUCGAGUUCUGCUCAGUCAAGGAGUUUAGCAAUGCCAGACAUUACCAGAAAUUUGACAGAUAAUCAUUCGCAUACACUUUCAGAAGCAGUUCACUCAAAUAUUAAUACAAUCACUAAUGGGAUAACAGGUUCAUCUUUACAUUUACAGCCAAUAACUCGUCAUCGUAAUGAAGAAGGUAUUUUAUCAGGGAAUCACAACAACGAUAUUCCCACAGAUCUCACUAGUCCGCGUAAAACUCGUAUCAUUUCUGAUAGAGCAAGUACAUCAGGAACUGUAGCUCAUGUAAACGUUGAUCUUGAAAACGGAAAUGAUAUUAAUCAUGACAACAGCGUAUUGUCUCCACCUCCUAGUGACACAAUCAUUAAAUCAGAUAACACGACUCGCGGCAUUCAGUGUGUAUUACCAGUUGUUAAAACUGAGAUUGAUCUCGAUGGAGAUUAUUAUGAUUUCUGUGGACGGCCUCGUUUUCGGGGCAUAGAUCGGGCUGUGCAAUGUAAUAUGAGCAAUUCAAACACAUCUACAACAAGUUCACGAUCUCAGUGUCAGACUUCAAGGUCAGCAUUCAGAUCUCAGUCAGUAAGCGAAUCAGAUGCAAGUGAGCAUCAUAGUUCCGUUUGUGGCGAAUCGCGGUGUGAAUAUUGUGGAAUAAGUUUUGAUGAUGAAGUUUUGUUCUCAAUUCACAUCGGGUGUCACAGCCAUACAGAUCCAUUUAAGUGUAAUGUUUGUGGGAAACAGUGUGGUAAUAAAUAUGGCUUUUACUCACAUAUAAUGAGAGGUCAUCAGUUAUGAAUUUUUUUAUCAUGAUAAUAUUUGUUAUAGUUCUUUGUUGACAGUUUAAAUGAAAAUAUUUACCAUGUUAAUUGGAGAGUAUGUUAAUUGAUGCCAUUGGUUAUUAUCAAAACAAUCACUGUAUUUUAUUUCAAGUUUCGAAUUCAUGUUUACUGUUGUUGUUUUUUUAUCUUUUGAAGACUGUUAAGUAUUUUCAAUCUUGGCAAAGUAGCCAGAUAUUGUAAAAUUUAUUGCAUUUUAACGCAAUAAUAAUAUUAGAUUUCAAUACUAAAUAUUUUGAGAGUUGAUUUACGUUAACAUUUAUUUCACAAUGUUCCAAGAUCUGAUUGUUAUAUCAUCAGCUAGGUUCAAGUAACUUUUCUCAUUUUUGUUUUUUAAGGAUUUUCACCAUGACAGUCCAGUAUUUAUUCAGGCAGCUUUUCUUGCAAUUUCUCUAACUUUCUCGUCGUUGAGAAUCUUUGUUUUCUGUAAGUGGCAUAAGGUGCAGAAUAUUGUCAUACAUUUUCAUACAUAAUCUUGUGAAGAUGUAGUUUUUAUGGGGCUUUUCACUUCAAACUAUAAUACGGUCAAAUGACAUAUAAGAUGAGACAGAAAAUGCAUAUUAAAAGCAGUGUUUCUGGCAAAAUCCACUGAAACAUAAAAUAUAUUGUGCCAUAGGUUCUGAGCUCUAUUAUCAUUCCAGGUCUAUUAACCACAGUACAAUCCAUGCAACAGUAUAUGGUUUGCACUGUAUUUCGUCCCAGUGAUGUUCUUUACACUACUAAAUAUCAUAAGUUAUCAUAUAACACAUUAUUAAUUAACCUUUAGCCUGCUGGCGGCAAGUUAAUCCGUUAAUUAAUCAAGUUAAUUGCGACCAGUGCAGACCAAGAUCAGCCUGCUAGUCAAUCAGUAAGUUUUCAGUAAACACCCCUUCAACUAAUGAAUAGUACUGCCCAAAUUGAAUGAUGGACCAGUCCAUUUUAGAAAUUAAGCAGGCUAAAGGUUAAAUGAGUUCUUAAAUAAAUCACCAGUGCUUAGCUUGUGCUAAAUGACUGGUCUGUAUUUAACUAUAAAUACAAAAUAUUAAAAAUAAAAAGUGAAAAUUUAUUUCUGAUUGUCGUCUAAUUAAACACAUACUGAACGGCUUGCUGGUUUGUUGUCAAACCUAUUGGACCUCAGGCAAGAGUUUUGACUAUUGACUUACAAGCCAUUCAUUAAGUGUAUACUAUAGUUUUGCAAGUGAAAGUGCCCAUAGUAGCAGGUUGCAAUAUCAUCAUGUUAGUUCCAAUAAUCAGGUACAGCAAUUUAUCAGAAUUUAAUCUGUCAGCAAUGUUGCAGUAAAAUAUGAAGGAAUACAAAACUGCUGAAAAUUGUCCUUUCUAGAUACUUGUACCAAAACUCUGGCUGUCAUUUAUCAUUAUUUUUAUUUGCUGAGCUUGUAAACAUUGAAGUUUUGCCAUAAAAGCAAAAGUCAUUUCUAUGAAAAUGUGCAAUACCUACAUCAAAUCAUGAGACAGUUAAACAUAAAUGUAGACAAAUCGUAUGUUAUUUUCAUUUUGAUAUAUCAACAUGUACACCCUGUCCUCGGUUUACUGAUGGUAGGUAGUCAUUUUUAUGCCCCCGGCAUCUGCUGAUGCUGGAGGCAUAUAGUGAUUGUCCUGUCCGUCCGUUCGUUCAUUUGUCCAUCCGUACAAGGUUAACCAAAUGGGACCGUUUCGUCUAGCAUCAAUACUCCUUACUAGAAUGACUUGAUACUAAUGCAGAUGUAACAUGUGACCAUUCCUCAUCUUCAGACAUCACUUGACCUUAGUUUGACCUUGAACUUGACCUCAUUUUGGACUUAGUUUGCUUUGUAUCGACAAGGAUGCCACCGGGGGCAUCAAGCGUUUAUUGAAUGCAACUCCUUGUUAUUAAUCAUCUGUUGUUUCGUAAAGGCUCAGAACACAACUCAAAUAUUUAUUUGAGGUAUGAUUUUUGUGGUCCUCGCCCCCAAGUUUUUUUUGGGGGGUGGGGGGAACUUAGAUUUGCCCUUGUCUGUAUGUCUGUCCAUAUGACUUUGUGUCUCGCUUAUAUGUCAGAAAGUGUUAGACCUAGAGUCAUCCAGCAUCAUAGACGAGUUAUUCAACAUAUGAAGGUGUGCAUCUGGGCUUUUUUUGGGGACUUUACAAAGUAAGACCAGAAUUAUGGCCCAACUUACACCCUAAUAACAGUUCACUUAGUCUUGCAUAGUUAACAAGUAGCAUAUUACUGUACAGUGACAGAAAGUGGGGGCACCAUUGUCCUAAGGACACACAUUAGAUGUAUAUUGAGACUCAAUGUUUAACAGAACAUUAUUUACUGCAAUAGAUUUUUUUCCAUAUUGGCAAACUUUAAGCAUCUUUUUAUUAAUUUCUAUUGUAAAUGCUUAUACCACUUGCCCAUUAUUUAGUAAAGUAAGUGUGAUUUUCAAGAGGACAGUUCUUGCAUUAUUUUGUACUGAUCAGAUCCAAAGAAAUCAUUUAUAAUUAUGGCAGACUAAUUUUUGUGGAUUUUCUGGGAACGACAGCCCUUGAAAUACAAUCCCAACAAAUGAACAAAUUCUCAUUUAUUAUAUCUUUAACAUCUAAAACUCAUCAGUUCAUGUUCAGACAUUCAAAAUAACCAUUUUUUAUAGAAACAACAAAAUUUUAUUUCCACAAAAUUAAAUGAUUUAACAGUAAGCAAAUAUAUGAUUAGAUUAUACCAAACACCUUGAUGACAAAAAAUUCACUUUGAAUUUUGAUAACUUCAGUAUACAUGUACAUGUGUAUUUUCAAGUACAUAGUAUAUAUUAUCCCAUGUAGAAAGGCUUUACUUUAAUCAUGACUAGUAUUCAUUACAUUUUAAGUCUAAAAAUUAGACUUGAUGAAAAAAGGUAUCGUGUAUUCAAAUUGCCAUACUAGUAACUGUAUUGAUAGUGCAUGAAAAGUGCUGAUAUAUUGUAGAGCUUUUUAUACAUUAAAACACUGCUUGUUUGAAUUGGCAAGAGGGUGUGCAAAAGGCUGUAGUAAUCCAGAGUUUUGUGCUGUCUUAACAGAAAAUAUAAGGAAAACAGUGGUGGAGCACAUGAAUUGCACCAGUUAUCCCUCCUUAAGUGAGCAGUGUUUUAAUGUAUUUAAAUAAAAUUUCUGCAGAAUUUGUGACAGUUUAAUGACAGUAGAGCAUUUCAACUGUGUUUGAAUGUUGAAUGCACAGCUUUUGAUUAAUUCACUCUUAGCUUAUUUUAUUAGGAAGAUUUUUACAUGCGAGAGUAAAUUGUGUUAAAAGCAUUGUUUGAUUAUUGCAAAAGCUGCAGUUAAUAAGGUUUGUUAAUUUGCUAUAUGUUUCACUGGUACAUGAAUGUUGUUAUACUUAAAGAAACUUUUCAGAAUGAAAUGUAGAAAAAUAGGUGAACCAGUAUAUGAAUGCUGUAAAACUUACUGUUGAUGUGCAGUAGAAUGGGUAUAUAGGAAUCGUAAUACAAAGAAAUUUUAUACGCAAUAAUGUGCAUAUACAUGAAGAGUGCUAUAUAAAUGUGGUAUGAUAAUUCAAAUCAUGUAAUGUUGAUGUUCAUUUAAUAUGUUGGGUGAAGCAUUACAUAGUUAAGGGCCAUUUAACCUAGACAAAAUGUUGUGCAUACACUUGCUUUUUAUUCAAAUUUCAAUCACAUUUUAAAAGGGAUUCCAGUCAAAGUUCAUGUUGAAACGUGCUGUGCAAAGCAGAGAUUAUAUUAUAGCAUGCUUAUGAUAAAUUGAUGGUCGUUUGUUAUGUUGCAAUCAUUUACUGUUUGAUCCAUCUUUUCUGAAGAAGUUUUUCUUGACUUUUCUUUAAGGAUAAAAUAUUACCAUUCAUAUUACGCAUUAUUCUGAAGAACUUUUAGCUCAACUAUACCAAGUAUAAAAUUAUGGAGAGCUAUCCUACUCACCCCGGUGUCGGCGUCUUUCCGCGUCCCCACCUUGGUAAAUUUUUUACACUUUCUCUUUUCUCCUUAUCUCUGUAAUUAAUUGAUGGGUUUGCUUUGAACUUAAAAUAGUUAUUCCUCAUCAUCAUCCACAUCCUAUGGCACAAGGGCCAUAACUCUCACACCAAUAUUUUUUUGAAUUAUCCCCCCCUUCUUACUUAGAAUUUCAGGUUUUGAUGCACUUUCACCCUAUCUCAGUUAUAACUAAAUGGAUUGAUUCAAACUUAAAAAUAGUUAUUCAACAUCAUCACUCACAUCAUAUGACAGAAGGGCCAUAACUCUUGCACCAAUAUUCAUG